CCCGGGCGGCGCACGUAGUUUUAGAUUUUCCCCAAGUCAGCAAAUUAUACUAGCUGACGACUGCGAUUUAAAAAAGAAACACCACCAGAAACCAGGAAGCGGCCAUUCUAGUGCAGGGCGAACGGGACAAUUUCAGAGAAUGACAAGAGCCAUGAGAACGCCAGAGCGGCCACGCUGGGCGCUGAGCUGAGGGUCACCUGUAAACUAGUGACUCCAGCUCACCUUCCGGUCCCUUCGCCGUGGCUGCCGCUCCUGGAGCGCCUACCCGCGAGGGGUCACUUAACGCGCUGCGCACCUCCUCCUGGAAAUUGUAGAUUUGGGGGAGGCUGGACCGCAGCUCCCGGCGAGGGUCAUGGCGUCAGACUACGGCUCCCGGCUUGCCUCGCGCGUCAGACUACGGCUCCCGACGGGCCUCGCGGCGUCGGACUACGGCUACCCGCGGGCCCCGGAAUCGGACUAGGGCUACCCGCCGGCCGGCCGAGCUGCUGCGAUGCUGGUGGCCGCGGCCGCCGAGCGCAACAAGGAGCCCAUCCUGCGCGUGCUGCGGCAGUACAUGGACCCGACCCAGCGCGGCGUUCGCGUGCUCGAGGUGGCCUCCGGCUCCGGCCAGCACACGGCCUACUUCGCGCGGGCCUUCCCUCAUGCCGAGUGGCAGCCGUCCGACGUGGACCAGCGCUGCCUGGACAGCAUCUCAGCCACCACGCAGGCUCAGGGGCUGUCCAACGUCAAGGCCCCACUGUACCUGGACGUGACCUGGGAUUGGGAGCAUUGGGGCGGCAUCCUGCCCCAGUCUCUGGACCUGCUGCUCUGCAUCAACAUGAUCCACAUCAGCCCCCUGAACUGCACCGAGGGGCUCUUCAGAGCAGCGGGACACCUGCUCAAACCCAAGGCGCUGCUGAUUACCUAUGGGCCUUAUGCCAUCAAUGGGAAGAUCACCCCGCAGAGUAACGUGGAUUUUGAUCUCACUCUUAGAUGCAGGAACCCUGAGUGGGGGCUGCGGGACACAGCCCUCCUGGAGGACCUGGGCCAAGCCAGUGGCCUGCUCCUGGAAAAGAUGGUGGACAUGCCGGCCAACAACAAGUGCCUGAUAUUCCGGAAAGAGUAACCUUCUCCCGCAUGUUUGUGUCUCCACUAAGGCUGCUUCUGGGACAAACCCAGAUGCCAGCCCAUGCCUCCCAGGGCUGGGCCA